CUUAGGCAAUAUUCCAACAAAUCUUCGAAACAAGGCUAAAGCCAAGGCACUCGUUGGUAUUAUACCAACAUUUGAAGGUACUAUGGAGGAACGCAAAACACCAGAAUUUAGACAAUUGAUCCGGUCAACCUUUCACAAAUGCAUUAAUAUACUCAUUGAGCCGCUACGUUUACAGUAUCGUUCUGGAAUAUCGCUAAAAGUUAAUUCAUAUAAUUUAAAAUGUAAUAUGAUACUAGCCAGUAUUAUCGGAGACUGGCCCGAAAACUGCAAAUCAUGUUUAACUUAUAACGGAACAAGCUGCGCACAUCCAUGUCAUACCUGUCUUGUUAAAAAAGAUGAACUCAAUGCAAUCAAAAUACCUGCAAGUCACAAAAUUACUCGUAUGGAAGACCAAAUGCGACAAGUCAUUGCAGUUGGACAAGGACAAAAUUAUUCAAUACACAAAGAAACAAAUAGUUUCUGGAACCACCUGUAA